AUGAACCAAAUGGACAGUGUUGGCUCGUCCAAGAGUCAUCAACAACCAAAGUUGGCUCACUCACAUAUACCCCGACUUGGGUCCAAACCUCUACACUGGCCACACCCACACAGUUUAUCGGAGUUCCGGAAAGCGGAAGGCAGGGACAAUCGGAAGCGACGACUACACGAACUGUGGCGAAAUCUACCGCCUUCGGUAGGGGCCUCUUCCCAACUAACGGAACUCGCAGACACCAGAGGUCCCUUAACUCUCAAGAAGGCAGAGUCCUUGAAAGCAAUCUAUGACGAUGAGCUAUUGUGCCGCUGCAUGUCUGAAUCACAGUCACAUAUCGGGUGGAAGGAAUUCAAAGAGUACGCCGACGCAAAAGAAACUGAGUUGUGGCACAUUUUUCACGAUGAACUCGACCUAGAUGGAAACGGUCGGCUGGACAUGGACGAACUUGACAGUGCUUUGAAGAAUUCUGGAAUGGAGUUAACUCCAUCGAUGCUCUCAGAAUUUAUGACCUCUCUAUCAUCGAAAACUUCCUCGGAUCAUAUCACCUUUGAUGAAUUCCGCGACUUUUUGAUUCUCUUACCGCGAAGAGCUUCGCCAAGUGAGAUUUACCGCUACUUCCAAGUCAGGAAGUUCAUGGGCGAUGAUGGCCAUGGGCCUGCCCAAAUUAGCAUGGAAGAUAAUCUACCAGAUGGCGGCGCCCGCAAGGUUUCAAGUAUGGGUGCGUUGGGCGUUGGUCUACCUCAGCUUGCGAAAAGCAAGCCCGAGGUAGCUACUUCUUAUGAUAUCAAGGGCAGCGAGGAGGAAGAAGAAGAAGAGGAAGAGGAGGAGGAGGAAGAGGAGGAUGCAGAGGAGGAGGAACGACAUUUUCUAGAAGGGCACACUGCUCUCAAAUUCCUGCUGGCUGGUGGUGUCGCCGGUGCUGUGUCCCGCACAUGUACGGCACCGUUCGACCGACUCAAAAUAUUUCUCAUAACACGACCCCCCGAGCUCGGCGGUGCCCCCGUUGAUCCUCGAGCGGAAGUGACGGGAGUUAGGGUGAUCGGUACUGCUGUCGCUCGAAUCUAUGGAGAAGGCGGUGUGCUCGCUUUCUGGACAGGUAAUAGUCUUUCUGUCGCGAAAAUCUUCCCAGAAUCUGCCAUCAAGUUUUUUGCCUAUGAGUCUUCUAAACGUGCCUUUGCAAAGUACUGGGACGAAGUUGACGAUUCUCGAGACAUUAGUGGUGUCAGCCGAUUUCUUUCUGGCGGCAUUGGCGGACUCAGCAGUCAACUAAGUAUUUAUCCGAUUGAAACACUCAAGACACAAAUGAUGAGCAGCACGGGACAGCACAAGCGUACACUUUUAAACGCUGCUCGCCAUGUCUGGGGCCUUGGCGGUAUGCGUGCGUUCUAUCGAGGACUCUCCAUUGGCCUGGUUGGGGUUUUCCCCUAUUCUGCCAUCGACAUGAGUACAUUUGAGGCACUAAAACUUGCCUAUCAGCGAUCAACGGGAAAAGACGAACCAGGCGUCAUGGCUUUACUGGCUUUUGGCAGUAUAUCGGGAAGUGUUGGCGCGACGAGUGUAUACCCCCUAAAUUUCGUGCGAACGCGACUCCAGGCCUCUGGUUCUUCAGGACAUCCACAGCGUUAUACAGGUGUGUGGGAUGUCACGGUCAGAACUUGGGAAAGUGGUGGAUGGAAAGGCUUCUAUCGUGGGCUGUUUCCAACAUUAGCCAAGGUUGUUCCUGCGGUUUCUAUAUCGUAUGUUGUGUACGAGCACACUAAACGAAAGAGCCUUUCGCGAAACAUCGGGUCAUCUUUCAGAAGGACAUGUAGUGCGGUGUAA